AUGUGCAAGAACGCAGAUAAAGGACUGGGGCUGAUCUCAAAGCACGCCGACCCGAUCGAGACGCGCGCCGAGAGGCGCUACAUGGUCGACUUCAAUGAGAGCGAGGGCGAGUCGGCUUUCUUGGUUGGGGCCCAGGUUCAGACCGAGCUCGGGCCAACGGCUUCCGUCAAGGUCGGUGGCUACUUCGCUUCCAGUGCGGAUUAUGAGGAGUGGUAUCAGCGGCGCCGCGCGAGCCUGACGCUGCCGCCUUCGCUCGGAGCUGAGGCGUGCGGCGUCAACGACGACGUCGUUGUGAAGGAGGAGGCCGCCGCCGAGGAGGCCACCUCCGAGAAGGCCGUCGUCGCCGAGGAGUCCGCCACCGAGAUGGCGACCAUCAAGUCCGCCGCCGGCGAGGUGUCAGCCGCCGGCGAGGUGUCUGCCGCCGCGGAGGAGUCCGCCGCCACCAAGUCCGCCGCCGCCGAGUCUGCCACCGGGACGGCCGCCACCGAGGAGGCGAGCACCGAGGAGUCCGCCACCAAGCCCGCCGCCGCCGAGGAGUCCGCCGCCGCUGAGGCAGUCGCCGAGGAGGCGCCCGUCGUCGAGGAGGCCGUCGCCAAGGAGGCUGCCAAGGAGGUCGAGAAGCCGGCAAAGACCGUUUCCAAUACGCCCGACCCAGCGGACACCACCUGCUACCCGGGCCUGCCCACGCCGAUGGCGGCGGGGAAGAGCGGGCCCGCGUCGGCCCGCAGCGGCUUCGGACCGGGCUACGUGGACGGCGUCGAGGCUGCAGUCCGCCGGCUGGGCGAGAGCGUCAAGUACCAGGCUACGCCCGCCGACGGCAAGAAGUCGCCGUCGCCGGGAAGGCGCGAGUACUGGGAGGGCAUUCGCAAGAAGGCGAAGGCCGCGCUCGAUCUCAGUGCCGAGCGACGGGAGAAGUGGGCGGACUUGCAGUCGCGGCGCUCGAGGAAGUGCCGGCGCAAGGCAAGGCGCUGGCGCAAGCCGAAGAGUGGCAAGAACCGGCGCCGCGAUCCGCAGACGUGCGGCGCCGGCGUUGGCACAUGCGGCGCCGGCGGUCGCGCCGGCCUCAAGGCGGCGGCCGACUGCGUGCGGGGCGGCUACACGAAGGCCGCGGGCGCCUUCCGGUGGCUGCUCCUCGUCUGCAUCCCCGCCUUUGGCCACUGCGAGCCCGCCGUGCCUAGCCCGACGGCGGUGGCCUCGGCCUUCUCGUCUGCCGUCGCCUCGGCGUCCUCGGCCUUCUCAUCCGGCGUCGCCUCGGCGGCGUCCUCGGCCUUCUCGCCCGCCGUCGCCUCGAAGGCGUCCUCGCUCGUGAGCUGCUCGCCGCUUCUCAUGCCCGCAAUCGUGCUCAUCCUCCUCGCCAUCGCCUGCGGCGCCUCCUGGCCGACCGCGGCGAGCGGAAAGGGGGCUCGCGGCGCGGCGUGGGCCACCUGCCUCACCGCCGCCACGGCGCGCCUCACCGGCACGGCGGCGGCGCCUGCCGGCUUCUUCGGGAGCGCCUUCUCGUGGCUCGCGGCGGGUCCGCCGCAGGUCGCCGCCGCGGCCGCCGCCCUGGCCGUCAUCGGCACGGUAAUGUGGCGCCGCAACUCAAAGGCCCGCCGCCUCGGCUGGUCCAGCCUGCUCGGCAUUCUUCUCUGCUUGACCACCGUCUCUGGCGGCUUGGUCACCGCCGCUGGCGGCGCCGCGCUUGCUGCAUCCUCAACUGCGCUGCCAGACGCCAUGGGCGCAUUAAUGGCCUACGACCCCCUGGACCACGAGGAGGUCCUCAAUGAGAUCCACACGAAAUCGCGCAAGCUACGAAUAUCGCCAAGCACAUCUCCAUGCCACUGCCCCAAAGGCUGCGUGCCGUGGUUCAUGGCCAUUGGUGCGAGAUACAUGUAUCGAGAUGCCAUCAAAGCCAGUAUGGCUUACGUCAUAGCAGCAGUGGGCUCGCAACGCAAGGCAGCGCCUUCACUCCUGCCUCAUCUCAUCUACGAUGGCAAGCCAACAAACAUCACGGCCUGGUUGCAAGGGCAAGGGGUGGAGGUCAUAUUUCAUCGGCUGAGCUUCAUAGACAAGUUGAGGGAAGCUGGGUUGCGUCACAACCCCAUCGUUGGCGCCUACCUGCGGCUCGAUCUCACAGUCAACGACACCGGACCGCUUGGCGCGCAUCUACGUGGCGAGAAGAGCAGAUGCCAAUCCACAGUGUCCUACAAGCAGGUACUGUACACAGACACGGAUGUCGUGUUCUUGGGGGACAUUGGCCAGCAGAAUCUCAUUCGGCCUCGGAAGGGGGGGCUGUUGGCCAUGGGUUCUGAAGCCAAAAGAGACUCCGCUCCCAGCAACUCUGGGGUGAUGGUGAUGGACGUGGAGCGGUUCUCGCAAAAGCGCGACGCACUUCUGCGCUUUGGGGUGGAGCACAAGUUUCACUUUCCUGCCGUAGACCAGGGUCUCCUCCUGGAGUUUUUCAAGGGAUCAAUCUCCAAGCUACCGGAUGAGUGGAACUGGAAGGCGUACUGGGGCUGGCAAAAGAAGAAGAAGACAAACAUACGCAUCGCCCAUUUCCAUGGCCCGAAGCCAAGGGGGGUGUAUGGGUGGUAUUGCCUGUGCAAAUACAAGGCCUCCUCUCCGGGGGUCUACUCAGAAUACAAGGAUCCAUGUGAACAAGAAGCCAAGGAGACCACCGGAAACAAGAGAGAGGACGUGUUCAAAGCAUACAAAGGACUCCUUGACCAAAGCCUCUCAGCAGACGGGGGAGCACUCGCCUUUUACCUGCUCCUGGUGUGGACAAACUACUUGAAGCUGUCUGGGCAAUAUCCUUCCGACCCGAGAUUGGGCUCCGAUCAAGCAAUGUUGCGGUCCUGCCUGCUCAACAGCAAGAUGGAUCGGUGGCCACCGGGCAUAAGGGAUGAACUAGCUGCCCACUUGUCGAUAGCGGGAUUGAACACCAGCAUAGGCGGGUACUUAUAG